UACAUAUUUAUAUAGGAACCACCACUACCCCGGGUGUCCAAACAUAACGACACCGAUUAAGUCAAACUGCAGGGAAAACCACAACAAAACACUCAGAGAGCCAGCAAAGGAAAAAAUCUAUUUUUUGUAUUGCUUAGUGCUGGCAAACAAAAAGAAAGGAAGGACAGAACAUCGUAUUGGAGAAUCUCGUCAGAUUAAGUGGAUUUCUAUCUCCGAUAAAGAACUGAAUGUUCUUGGAUCGCUGGACUACAAGGGGAACCAAUCGUCGUGUCAUUCGUCAUUCGUGCAUCAGUCAUAGUCGGAGACAGAGUCACAGAGUCUGGAUUCUGGAGUCUGGAGUCUGGAGUCUGGUCAAGGAAUUUAGUGUAAAGCCUAUAAGAAUAAGCCUUCCCAUCGAGGGAAACAAAAGUGAAAGUGAGAGGGAAAGUAAGCAAUAGCCAAAGAGAGCCUGUCGAGAGUGGAUUGUGGCAGCGGGAGGAUCAGAGAGUGAGCAACGCCAAAGUACAAAUGCAUAAAUCGAAACUGAAUCUAUAACUUAGAACCGCGUAUCAAGCAAUUCCCCUGGAUGCAUACGUAUAAUCCCAGGACACAAGCACCAAUCAAAUCCAAUUUAGAAGCAGCAACAGCAGCCGCCUCAGCCUCAACAGAUCCCCCAAACAAUUAGAUUAGCCAACAGCAGAGAGAUAGAUAGACGGGCAGAGACAGCGACAGCGACAGGCAAGCCAGAGCUCUGUAGCCAGCAGCUCCUCCUCGUCAUCAUCCUCAUCCAAUUUUGCAAGCGUAACGGAGAGUCGACGUAGUGGCUGCAGCACGCGUAAGCGUCCAUAAAUCUAGUUAGCAUGGAGUGCUGUUUAUCGGAAGAGGCAAAGGAACAAAAGCGCAUCAAUCAGGAAAUCGAGAAGCAGUUGCGCCGCGACAAGCGAGAUGCGCGACGGGAACUUAAAUUGCUGUUGCUUGGCACGGGCGAGUCCGGCAAGUCAACGUUCAUCAAACAGAUGCGUAUUAUCCAUGGCAGCGGCUACUCGGACGAGGACAAGCGUGGAUACAUCAAACUGGUGUUCCAGAACAUAUUCAUGGCCAUGCAGUCGAUGAUCAAGGCCAUGGACAUGCUAAAGAUCUCCUAUGGCGUUGGAGAGCAUAGCGAACUGGCCGAUCUGGUGAUGAGCAUUGACUACGAAACAGUUACCACAUUCGAGGAUCCAUUUUUGAACGCCAUCAAAACGCUAUGGGCCGAUGCCGGCAUUCAGGAGUGCUACGACCGUCGUAGAGAAUACCAAUUGACAGAUUCAGCCAAAUAUUAUCUGAUGGAUCUCGACCGUGUGGCUCAACCUGCUUAUUUACCCACUGAGCAAGACAUUUUGAGAGUUCGUGUGCCGACAACGGGGAUCAUUGAGUAUCCCUUUGACUUAGAAGAAAUCAGAUUUAGAAUGGUGGACGUGGGUGGUCAGCGAUCGGAGAGAAGAAAGUGGAUUCAUUGCUUUGAGAAUGUGACAUCAAUCAUAUUUUUGGUGGCGCUAUCGGAAUACGAUCAGAUCUUGUUUGAAUCUGAUAACGAGAACCGAAUGGAGGAGUCAAAAGCUUUAUUUAGAACUAUUAUUACGUACCCUUGGUUCCAGAAUUCAUCAGUUAUUCUUUUCCUGAACAAGAAGGACUUGUUGGAGGAGAAAAUAAUGUAUUCGCAUUUGGUAGACUACUUUCCCGAAUACGAUGGUCCACAGCGAGAUGCAAUCGCGGCACGCGAAUUCAUACUGCGAAUGUUUGUAGACUUAAAUCCAGAUUCCGAAAAGAUUAUCUAUUCUCAUUUCACCUGUGCUACAGAUACUGAAAACAUAAGGUUUGUGUUUGCAGCUGUUAAGGACACCAUUCUGCAAUCGAACCUUAAGGAAUACAAUUUGGUCUAAACUGGAUUUGGACCAGUAAACUAUUUUUGUGAUUUUUACUAUAUAUAUAUAUAUAUAUAUAUUUAUGUAUAUAUGCAAGCACACACCCACGCAAACCACACACACCCAAAAAAAAAACAAAAACAAUGUAUAUGUAUAUAAAUAUAUACAUUCAUAAUUCCUUUUUCGCAUAUUAAUUAAACACAAAACAAAAAGAAAUAAAAUAAAAGAAAAGAAAGCGUGAGUACGUGAGAGCGGUGCAGUACGACCCAAGAAAGUUUCGAAAAAAUUGUAACACCAGGAACCGAGAAAUUGUAGCAUAAAUAGAGAACAGCAACAGCAACAGCAACAACAUAAAAACAGCUACUGCAACUUGCAAAACAAAUUGAUGUUUAUUGAGAGAAAUGAAUUAUGUAUAACACAAAAUCUGAUACAAGUACUAAUAAUAUUUAAACAAAUUUAUUACUAUAGAAGAAACUUUUGUAAUAAAAACCGAAGCAAGAAUAAAAACCAAAAUUAAGAAACUUACAUUUAAUCAAAAUGCUUAGAUCGGAACCACAAACGGAAACAAACAAACAACAACAUUUUGUCGUACUGAAAGCAUAACAAAACAAGCAAAAACAUUUACUGAAGAAACUGCAAGCAAAAAACAAAAUUUAACCUUAACAACAUGCAAGAACUUUUGAAUAAAAAACCCCCCGAAUAAAUAUAUAGAGUAUAUAUGCAUAUAUACCACGAAGAAUAUAUAUAUAUAUAUAUAUAUGUUUGGGUGUUUCUCAUAACAGUUUGAAGAAGGCAUAUAUGCAUAUAAGGAGUGUAAAAAUAUACAUACAUACAUCCAGAUAAUACAUGCUAAGAGGAAGAGGAAGAGAAAGAAACAAAACAAAAUCAUACAUAAUACUGUAUUUUGUACUAGGCUAAACCGUAAAGUAAAUAUUGCAACAAUUGUUUACAGACAUACAAACAUAUUUAUACGUGCAUACAAAACAAACAUAAUACAUAUAUAGCACACGAAUGCAUAUGUAACAAUUUAUAAACCUAUUAAUUUGCAUUUUGGGAAUCAACCACCCCCCGCUCAUUGCAUUGCAUUGCAUUGUAAUAUCUAUGAUAUGUUUCGUAGUAAUACCAAUAGAAAAACAAACAGAAACGAAAACGAAAAACAAAUAACAAAAGAUAGGGAAACAAAUUUGUAAAGAAUGAAUGAGAAGGAGAGCCAUCUGCAUGAAGCGCACACCUUACAUCCUAAUUAAUAUUAACACGUGUCUGUGAAAUUGUCGAUAAACCCCCUCCCUCCCCGGGAAGCAGCCAUCCGUGCAGCACCAUCCGUGCAACUUAUUGAUAUUCAAUCAAACGCCAGGUCCACUUGCAAUCCAGUCAAACGCGUCGUUCAUUGAUCGAAGAGCACUCCUGUCUGAGAUGACGGCCUCUGGCUCUCACGUACCUUUGUUGCCAUCAAAAUUUCAGUCGAGCCAUGUUGCUAUAUAUAUACGAUAUAUACGAUGCUUAUGUAAAAAUAAAAAAACAACAGUGAAACGAUAGCUUGAUUUUGGUACGUUCUAUGAUAAUAAUAAUUUUGAUAAUCGUUUGCUAUUUUAUAGAUCUAAUUAAUGUAUGCAACGGCGGACGCACUUGCCGGCCGAUCCCACAGGCGGCCAGGGGCGUUCGCAGUUUUGUUUUUGUUUUUAUAAUUUAGUUAAUUUAAUGUAUACAAAGAUAAACGAUAAACAUGAUUAGUAACAAAGUGACGCACACCUACAGAAUAAACAAAAACAUCAAACAUUA